AUGGUUUUGCACGCGAUUUUACGAUAUUUGGCCAACAACGAGCAGCUCAUACAACGGCUGGCCGAUUCGUAUCCUUUGCGGCGGGCCGCCCAAAUGGUGCUGAGUGCUUACUAUCGCAACAAGUCCGUCGCUGAACAGCAAAAGCUGAUUGAUGUGUCUCCCGAACGAUUGCAGCAAGCACUGCGAAAUUUCAAAACAAACGUACAGAAGGAGAUCGAGAACGCCAAGAAUGAUCUGAACAAGAAAAAAUAAACCGCGCAGUCAGUGACGCAGCGGACUACUUGUCCUCCAUCAAAAGCCCGGCGGAAUUCGAGUAAGAAACAAAAAUAAGUGCCGAAAAAAACGAAAAACUCAAUUGUAAUUAAAAUUUAUUUUGUAUCGUGAAA